AUGACCACUGCUGGAGACUGCCGAAAUCCCAGAUCUCAAGAAUCAAAGGAGUCUAUCUGGAGGAGUGCAGAUAAUGAAAAUGGCACCUUUGAUGUCAAUAUCAAUGCAGAAUUGGAAGAUAAAUCCAGCAGUACUGAGUGUUUUAUGCCAUUUCAAGGGAAUGUAUUUAUGACUUCAAAUGACUCCUGCAAUCCUGAAUCAGGCUCUAUAAAUGUCGACACGACUUGUCUUUUACAAGUUUAUAAAAUCAGAAAGUCCAAUAAUUCAUCACUAGUUGUUUGUCCAUUAGGAAUCUGGGGCUCAAACACCGGCACAAAAAAUCUCAAUCUAUUCAUGGAUAUAGAAAAACGGGGGAACUUCCAUGACAAAUAUCCUUUGAUAUUUGGCAACAAAGAUCUCAAUAAAGUAUUGAGACAGGAAGAUCCAUCUGAAGAUGAUGAGGAAAGUGAUGAAAUGAACGAAUUUACAACGUAUUUCACGACCUUCUUGAAUGCAAGGAAAACGGUUUUGCAUUUUCCAAGAUUUGGAAAAAAGGAUGAAACUGGAGAAUGGACAGAUCUCCUGGGUGCAAUUGUCAAAGGUGAAAUAGAUAUUAGUUCAGAAUGCAUGUCGAAAAAUAUGGAAAGGUUCAGUGAUAUGUCUUUCACACACGAUGUGUUGACAACAACGAAAAAUAUUUACAUCCAACCAGAAGAAUCUAGUGAAUUCAGAGAUAUUUUUCUGGUACCUUUCGAUAAUAGGCUGAUCAUUGCCGUGCUCAGUACGGGUUUAAUAUUUUCACUCAUCAUGACCCUCAGCAAUAAAAUAAGUUCUAUUAUGAAAACCGAUGAUAUCCACGCUCAAAAUAAGGGAGUAUUGGACUCGAUAGUUUGGUGUAUUGGAAUAUUUUCACAACAAGGAACACUAUGGAAACCUACGUUAUAUGGUGGUCGAAUUGUCGUCUUGAUUUCAUUGGCAUUUACACUACUGAUCUACAAUUCAUACUCUGCUUUCAUAACUUCCGUAUUAUCAGUUGAACUGAGCAGCAUACGCAACGUGGAUGAUUUACUCCAGAGCGACUAUGAAAUAGGAUACACCAAAAACAGUCAGGAUGAAGUUUACCUAAGA